GACGAGCUCAUUUUAGUCUGAACGAUUCUACCCGGUGGACGCAAGUAGUGCAUUCGGUAUCGAUUUGUGUUGUUUUAUUUUAUGUUCGCGAUUUUGAAAAUCUGCUGAAAUCAGCACAUUCCAAGUUAUCAUGCUUCGGCUGUUUACUGUAGUGAGCUGCUUCGUUGUAGCAGCGCUUGGAACCAAUCCCCCAAGAUGGCCUAAGGUGUAUUCGGCCAGUGGCGUUCUGAACAUUCCAUACGCCGAGAUCAGUGAACCUUUCUACGCUUGGCAUGAUAGUGAGAAUGGCCGCUCGCGUAUUGAUUACUACGGCGGCAUGGUGAAAACCUAUCAACUUACGAAGGAAGGCGAUUACGGUACUAGUCUGAAAGUAGCUCCUAUCACUACGAAGCAGGCAACGAACAAAGACACUUGUCUACAGGUUAACGGUACUAGCGAUAUGCCUGUAACGGUGCAAAGUAUUCUACCGGAUGCGAAGAAGUUCAAACUGGCCGGUACCGAAACCCGGAACGGCUUCAAAUGCGAUAAGUUCACCUUGAUUGAUGAUGUUGGUCAGAAGCGAAACGUGUACAACCUAUGGGUCCGAUAUAUCAAAUCACCAAAGUAUCCAGCAUCUCGUAUGCCUAUACCGGUGCGCUAUGAAAUGAAGGGGUACAACACAUUAUUGGGCUCGCAUUAUGAUCAUUAUUACUUAGAUUAUGACUCAUAUGAGCAUCAAGACAUUCCUGCCGAUGUGUUUGAUGUUCAAACUAUCGAUCCUUGUGUUGGUUUCCCUGGACCAGGCAACGGCCACUACACGACAUUCAACCCGAUGCAGGAAUUUAUCCACCCCCGUUCGGAAGAACAUUUGGACAACGAAUUCAGUCGCUUCAAAAACAAACAUAGCAAAAGCUAUGACAGCGAAAAGGAACAUGACCGCCGUCGAGAUCUCUUCCGACAAAACCUGCGAUUCAUUCAUUCGCAUAACCGUGCCAACAAGGGAUUCACCGUUACUGUUAACCAUUUGGCGGAUCGAACCGACGAAGAACUGAAGGCACUACGAGGCUUCAAGUCGUCCAAUACGUACAAUGGAGGACAACCUUUCCCCUACAAAGUGAAAGACCUUGUUGCCGAUCUGCCAGAAAGCUUGGAUUGGCGUAUUUCCGGCGCUGUUACACCUGUGAAAGAUCAAUCUGUUUGCGGAUCGUGCUGGUCCUUCGGUACGACUGGACACAUCGAGUCGUCCUACUUUCUGAAAACGAAUAAGCUAGUUCGACUCUCGCAGCAAGCGUUGAUCGAUUGCUCUUGGGGAUAUGGCAACAACGGAUGUGAUGGCGGAGAGGACUUCCGUGCGUACCAGUGGAUGAUGGAGGUUGGUGGAAUCCCAUCCGAGGAAGAGUACGGAGGCUAUUUGGGACAAGAUGGUUACUGUCGUGUCGAAAAUCAAACGCUCUACGCUCCCAUAACUGGAUGGGUUAACGUAACCUCCGGAGAUGCAGAUGCAAUGAAGGUUGCCCUGUUCAAACAUGGCCCACUUUCGAUAGCCAUCGAUGCCGGUCAUAAAACUUUUAGUUACUAUGCUAACGGAAUCUAUUACGAUCCGGAAUGUAAGAAUAAGCUGGAGCAGUUGGACCAUGCUGUACUAGCGGUCGGGUAUGGCAAACUUAACGGAGAAGACUACUGGUUGAUCAAAAAUUCCUGGUCUAACUAUUGGGGGAACGACGGUUACGCUCUGAUGGCAAUGAAGGACAAUAACUGUGGAAUCACAACCGAUGCCACAUACGUUCUGAUGUAAUUGUUCGAUAUGUUUCGAAAAUUUUGUUUGUUUUGUCAUUUACUGUAGCAGUAAUAUAAUCAAUGUGUGUAACAAAAACUCAA